AUGGAGCGGCUGCAUGCAGGAGUCAAUUGUCACGGCAUGAUAUCUUAUUUUCACAAGCUGAUAAGUCUAGCUAAUAGGCUGAAGCAAACCUUGAGUUUAGUUAUCAGUGACAGUCAAUCAGGAUUCAUCAAAGGCAGACAAACUAUGGACUCCAUAUUGAUGGCCAAUGAAAUUGUUGAUCACUUGAAGAAGAAAAGGAAGACUGGUUUUUUACUUAAGAUUGAUUUUGAAAAAGCUUUCGACUCUAUCCAGUGGGGGUUCCUUGCAGAUGUUAUGAAAAAAAUGUGCUAUGGUGCCAAGUGGAUAAGUUGGAUCUUAGAAUGCAUCUCCACAGCUAGAGUUUCAGUCUUAGUUAAUGGCCUGAAUCAAAUGUUGGACAACGCAAAAAACUUGGGGUUAGUAGAAGGUAUAUCAGUGAAAGAUGGGGGUCUUCAAAUCUCUCACUUGCAGUAUGCGGAUGACACAAUCCUUUUCAGUUCCAAUUCCACGAAAUCAUUAAUGAAUUUGAAAAGGGUUUUGAGGUGCUUCGAGUUGAUAUCAGGCCUGAAAGUAAACUAUCACAAGUCCUCUUUGGUUGGUAUUGGUGUGCAAGCGGAUAGAGUGACGAGGGUGGCUGAUCUAUUACAGUGUCAAACAGAACUCCCUAUGAAGUACCUUGGCAUGCCUCUUGGUGGGAAUAUGAAAAAGUCCAGCUUAUGGGAUCCAGUGGUCAAAAGGGUUGAACCAGACUUUCGAUGUGGAAGGCCAGACACCUCUCUAUAG